CGUUCUUUCGGUAAAGUCACCUAGAAGGAAAACAAUAAAAGAGGCUCCAGGAAAGAUUUGAUACAGGUGCAGGUAAGCUCUUGUCUUGACCUAUUACGGAUGUAAAGAGGGAAGUGAAGGAGGGAGUGGACCAAUCUGUGGAUGAGUGGCAAGGGUAUUCCAGAAAUGUAGAUCAGCAACGUGGAAAGACUUUUACCAUACAAAGUAUUGAUGUGGUAAAGGAGGAGAUUCAUACCCGUACGACCCAGAUAUCAGCCAGGGUUUUAAUUACAGUCAGGUCAUGGAAUUUGCUGACCAGAAGGGUUUUCACAUCUGUGUCAAGUGUAGUUCAUGGCUCGUAUGAUACGAUAAUAAACAAUCGAUAGAGCUCGUAUACACAUAUUUGGAAAGAAGUGAGACUUAGGUCAACGAGAGGUUAAGGAAUUAAGAAAAAGAAGGCCAGUGACCGAUGCUGUUCAAGCAAAAUAAAUAAAGAGAAUAUAAUAACCCGCCAGCCACUACCUUCCACUUUGAUAAAUCUUCCUUUGAUAUUACAUUUACCAUGACUGAGACACACGUGGACUACUUUUUCUAAAAACGUCACAGCAUCUUUAACGUCCACCGUGAAAGCCCCGUCCACCUUGGCUCCAAAUUCCCCAUAAGGCCGCGCAGCGUCUAAAGGUAAUGGCUAACAUUUGGUGCAAAACAAUGAACACGCGCUGCGGACGUCAUAUGUGAUUACCUAGAAACAGACGCAUACAGACGUCACAUGCAAGUUACAAGAACUGAUAACUGGCAUCGCGGUCAAGGCUGUGCAAUCAUUGACCGGCACGCUGACUCGACAUUUAUUGCAAGAAAAUACAUAACAGCCAUUGCCUCUAUUUAAGGAAGAUGUGGACCUUGAUCCCUUCGGUCAUUUAUAUUCUGCUCAUGCAUUUCACUGAGCCAAGUCUGGAUAAACAUCACCAGCGUCAGCUCUCUCCACGAAGGCUGCUAUCUUAGCUAAAACGAUGUCACUCCGUACCCGCGUUAAACUGCUCGAAAUCGCAGAAAGUGAAGUAACAAUCUUGUCGUGCAGCCACUGCUCGUAUGGAACGAGAAUCCCUGCUGUUGGAAGCUGUCUGACUUGCGACUCAAAUCUCUGCAAGGCUCAUGCGAAGGCGCAUUCGCAGGACCCCAGAAACAGACAUCAUCGCUUUGUGGCUGACAGAGUGCACCUGGGAGACCACGAGUACACGGAACACAUCGGCCGUUAUGACGCCGAGAGCAGACACGACUAUUCUGCACAAGCCGCACGCCGACGCCUUAAUCAAGUGUUGCCCGAAUGGGGAAGACAGCGACGUGAGCUGAUAAGAUAUCUCCUCGACAUCGUAUGCUCGCUGAGAGAGCGGCAGAGCGGUUUUAACGUCGCCAAAACCGCCGCUGCAUCCCUGACUCUGUUGGGGAAUGCGCUCAUCUACGCCUGGAAAAACGACGUCGAUGACGACGGCGAUGAUUUCGCCACCUUGCUCGGAGCCGUGGCAAAAGGCAUCGGCGCCGUCGUUGAUGUCGGAGCCGAGAUAGCGACAGGAGUGCUCAACAUCGCCACUGCCAGCGAGGUGAGGGAGGCCCUCAAGGAAGAUGAACGCCUGAGCAAGGAGCUGCACGUCUGCCUCAAUCAACUGGGCGAAAUAAAGCCAGGAACGGUGCACAGCAUCACGCGGGCCGUCAAAGAGGUCGAAGACAGCUGUAGGUUGGGCACGCAGGCUUACAGAGCGCUCCAGGGCAGCUACGCACAACCACCACCCCGAGAAUUGCACACGCCGAUCCAUGAGAGCAUCGUGGCUCUGGUGAAGCAGGUGAACGAGUUGGGCAGCGGAAGCCCCUCGGCAAUAGCGGAUGAAAUCGAGGUGAAAAUCAACGCACUUCGGGGCGACGCCACAACAAUACGUGACCUGUCUAAGCAAUUCCAGGACUUUGACCAAUUCCUUGAAUAAUCUACAUCAUUCGUAUGAAUCACCCUGCUUCUCAUGAGUAAUUGCAGCAUUCGCUUUACCACGAUAUGUAUGAAGUUUUGCAACCAUGCUAAUUGGAAGUGCAGUGAGAAGGAAAACAAACUAAACACGAAAAGCAGCAUUCUCGAUGCACAAUAUGAUAUACACAAUAAUUUAAACAACGCUUUACAAACACAAUAUGCUAUGCACAUACUAUACGCGCGUUGUAAUGCGGUGUUUUUUUCUGGAAAAUUUGCUGUUUAUCCAGGAUGUUUCUGUUGCGCUUCGUCGCUUUAAGCAGUUCUCUCUUCAUAUUUUGUUUGUUGCGGUUGCACCCGACUCAAGAGCCGCAUGGCUCACAGGGCUAUACUUAAUCAAUGAAACUUAAAAUGAAACUUGAAUACACAACGUUAUAUACACACAACUAUGCACGUGUCAUACACAAAAUGUGAUAUUCACAAUGCUAUGCACAACUUAAUAUACGCAACGUUCUAUACACAACACUUUACGCAACCUAUCAAAGCAAACAAUGUGCAAUUCACAACGCUAUAUAUGACAAGAUAUUAGGAAGCAUUUUAAAUUAGGAAGCCACUGGAGCUAUGCACUUUAAAAUCUAGAUUGAAAACUCAUUUCUUUA